GAGGGAAGACAUCAGAGCUGCUGCUGCCACUGACAUUAACACUCGUCAGGGUUGUGUGCAGCAGCAGCAGCUGGGCUCACAGGGAUCACCACCAUGAUGACAACGAAGAGACUGGACAACUUUGAGGUGGUGUGUGAGUGGGCUUCGUGCAACUUCAAGGGCCACACCAUGGAGGAGCUGAGCGACCAUAUGUCCCUGCACCUGAAGGACUACCUGGGAGACAACGAUGCCUUAGAGGAGCUGGACGAGUAUGCUUGUCUCUGGAAUGGAUGUGAAUUUCUAUCCAUGGGUAGCCCUGCGGAGCUGGAGGUCCAUGCUUACUUCCACAACUACCAUGGUAAGCUCAAGUUCGUCGGGUCACAGCUGCUCAAGUCCCGUCCGGAUCUGCCCAGCUGCAACCAAGGCUUGCACAGCAACAACCUGGUCCCCGAAGGGUCAGACGGAUACGUUUGCCAGUGGGAGCACUGUGAUAGUACAUUUAACAAUCCGGAGUGGUUCUACAGACAUGUGGACAAUCAUGUUGAAAGUGCUGAGCCGCAGUCUCUUUUACACCAGCAACAGGCUCUCUUCUGCCACUGGACAGGCUGCGAUGCUUUCUUCAAAAUCAAGUACCGUUUGAGAGAACACAUGCGGAGUCACACUCAGGAGAGACUUGUAGCCUGUCCCACGUGUGGCAGCAUGUUCUCCAGCAACACAAAGUUGUUUGACCACCUACACAGGCAGGCCGAGCCAGUGGAGUCGCUGGUGUGUGAACAUUGUGGCAAAGCUUUUUCCAGCGAGCGGCUUUUGAGGGAUCACGUUCGUCAGCAUGUGAAUCAGGUGAAGUGUCCAUUCUGUGACAUGACCUGCACCACUUUGGCAGCUCUGAAGAUCCACAUCCGGUUCCGCCACUGUGAUGAGCGGCCCUUCCCGUGUGACUUCUGUGACAAGAGAUUUAAGAACCAGCGCGAUCUACAAAAGCACACAGAGGUUCACAAUGAGGGCACCGUGUAUCACUGCACAGUGGAGGGCUGUGAUUAUUCUUGUCACACAUUCCAAACCAUGAGCCACCACUUCAAGAGAGUGCACGAGGUCGGAGGAAUGUCCAAAUAUAAAUGCCAUAUCUGUGAUAAGGUCUUCUCCUGGUGUUACACUCUCACGCUUCACCUUCGCAAGAAGCAUGAGCUGAAAUGGCCGUCUGGACAUUCCCGCUUUAGAUACAGGAAGGACGUGGACGGCUUCUUAAAAGUAAACAUGGUGCGUUUUGAGACUGUGGAAGUGACAAAGGAGAUCAUGAAGAACAUGGCCAAAAAGCCGCAGAGCCUUCGGAAAAGUCAGAGAACCAGCAGUCGGAACAAGAGGGACGCGGUCACGCCAGAGAGUGGCCGAAGCUCCCCUGCAGGAUCCUCCUCGCCCUCCUCCAGCUCCUCCUCCUCGUACUCCUCGGAGUUCUCUGGAGGUGAAGACGUUUCGUCUCAGCCCAGCCCCAGAGGCAGUGACUCUCCCGUCUACUGUGUCAUGAGCACCAUCCCUCACAUUGAGGAGGAGCCGGGAGGAUUAUCUCAGGAGGACUGUGACGGUAGUGGGACAUCGGGAGCGGUCCAGGCCCUGACGGAGGUGGCGAGGGGCCUGGGCAUGGACGUGGUGUGAUUCCACACUUCGCUGCACCCUGCAUCCAUUCUGGGCUCCCUUGUAGCUGUUAUGCAAUUAAAUUGGUCUGCCUGUUGUAGUAUAUUUUGCCGCGGAGCUUUUAGUGGAGGUGUCACUGGCUUUCUCAUGGUUUUUACGGUGGUAUGACUUGAGAUCUCUGUGCUGGUUUUGGAGACCACGCUUUCAUUAUUGCAGCUCAGAUGCCUCAGCUUAGCUUUGUGACGUGUCCUGUGAAUGAUGUUUCUGACAGAGUUUACAUGAAGGAGAUGAGUUAAAGCACUACAAAGCCAGUUUUAUGUAAUGUUCUGUAUGUGUUCUUAAACGCCAUGCUCCAUUUUGUGUGAUAUUUCCAUGAUGUUGCCCGAUGAAGAAUUUCAUAAGACAUUAUUUUUUAUUGUAGCCUUGGAAUGAUGCUUAAUUUUAUUGUUACUAAGUUUAAAUACAUUUUUGAUACAAAAGUAAACUUUUUCGUUUUUGUAC